AUGGGGUGUGUGUUUGGAAGAGAGAUUGCGUCUUCUGGACCACCAAGUUCUGAAAUCGUAGUAGAGAAGAGGCGAGAGAAAGAUAGGGAUUCAAAUGGUCAGUCCGGGAGGAAAGAGAGAGCUUCUGCAGCAAAUCCCGACACCAGCAACAAUGGCGGAGAGCCACAAAAUGGGGUUUCUCAAAAGGUGGAAAAAGACGCGAAUGUGAGGCCGAGAGGAGAGAGAAGACGCUCAAAGCCUAAUCCUAGACUGAGUAAUCCACCGAAGAACAUCCAUGGCGAACAGGUGGCUGCUGGGUGGCCUGCUUGGUUGUCUGCUGUUGCAGGAGAAGCCAUUAAUGGUUGGAUUCCUAGAAGAGCUGAUACUUUUGAGAAAAUCGACAAGAUUGGGCAAGGCACAUACAGCAACGUGUACAAAGCUAAAGAUACAAUGACAGGAAAAAUAGUUGCAUUAAAGAAAGUCCGAUUCGACAAUCUGGAGCCUGAAAGUGUGAAGUUUAUGGCUAGAGAGAUUUUGAUAUUAAGGCGUUUAGAUCAUCCAAAUGUUGUGAAAUUGGAAGGAUUGGUUACAUCAAGAAUGUCUUGUAGUUUGUAUCUUGUUUUUGAAUACAUGGAGCAUGAUUUAGCUGGACUUGCUGCUAGUCCUACAAUCAAAUUCACAGAACCCCAGGUGAAAUGCUACAUGCAUCAACUGUUAUCUGGGCUUGAACAUUGUCAUAAUCGACAUGUGUUACAUCGUGAUAUCAAGGGGUCGAAUCUUCUUCUUGAUAAUGGAGGAAGUUUAAAGAUUGCUGAUUUUGGUCUUGCAUCUUUUUUUGAUCCUAAUCACAAACAACCAAUGACUAGUAGAGUUGUUACAUUAUGGUAUAGGCCACCUGAGCUUCUUUUAGGGGCAACUGAUUAUGGUGUAGGGGUGGAUUUAUGGAGUGCAGGGUGCAUUUUAGCAGAGUUAUUGGCUGGAAAACCUAUCAUGCCUGGUCGUACAGAGGUAGAGCAGCUUCACAAGAUUUUCAAGUUAUGUGGGUCCCCUUCUGAUGAAUAUUGGAAAAGGUCAAAGUUGCCACAUGCAACUAUUUUUAAGCCCCAACAGUCAUAUAAAAGAUGCAUUGCUGAAACUUUUAAAAAUUUCCCACCUUCCUCAUUGCCUUUGAUUGAUACCCUUCUUGCAAUUGAUCCUGCUGAACGUCAAAAUGCAACUGCUGCUUUGAGAAGUGAAUUUUUUACAACAAAACCGUAUGCCUGUGAUCCUUCAAGCCUUCCAAAAUAUCCACCUAGCAAGGAGAUGGAUGCCAAAUUACGUGAUGAAGAAGCUAGAAGAUUGAGAGCUGUUGGAAAAACAAAUGCGGAUGGAGGGAAGAAGAGUCGUACACGUGAAAGACCUGCAAGGGCUAUGGCUGCUCCAGAAGCCAAUGCUGAGCUCCAAGUAAACAUUGAUAGACGCCGACUGAUCACACAUGCAAAUGCGAAGAGCAAAAGUGAAAAAUUUCCGCCACCUCAUCAAGACGGGACCCUCGGAUAUCCAUUGGGUUCCUCACAUCAUAUGGAUCCAAGUUUUGACCCGCCCGAUGUCCCAUUCAGUUCAAAUUUUUCAUAUGGAAAACCGCCAAUUCAGACGUGGUCUGGACCAUUGGCUGAAGCGGGACCCACAGGAGGUCGUACUGGCACUGUACACAAUGUUUUAAAAAUGGGUUUGAACUUUGAACUAGCUGACCGAACUGGACAAGAAACCGGAAAUGAGAACGGUGCAAUCAUAAUCGAUUUUGUCAAUUUCUAG